AUGCGCUCAGUCGUCGACCUCACUCUCCCUACCCACGUCGGUGAUGCUGCUGCUGUUGGUGAUUGAUGAUGACGACGAUUAUGAUUAUGGUGAUGAAGAACAUUAAGAUGAUGAUGAGGAUGAUGAUGAUGGUGGCGGCGGCGGCGGUGAUGAUGAUGAUGCUGAUGAUGAUGAUGAUGACGACGACGACGAUGAUGAUGAUGAUGAUGGUGGUGGUGGUGAUGGUGGUGGUGGUGGUGGUGGUGGUGAUGGUGGUGGUGGUGAUGGUGGUGGUGGUGGUGGUGGUGGUGGUGGUGGUGGUGGUGGUGGUGGUGGUGGUGGUGGUGAUGGCUACGGGAGGGGACGUGAGGGAGGUAGCGCGGAGCGGAGGAGGACAAGUAAGACAUGCGUAGAAUUUGAGGCCUCCAUCUGCAGCACGAUGGUUGGAAUUAGUAACUUAAAAAUCACACCUUGCGUGACGUUUGUGCUUAUUCGACCACACAGAAAUGUCCUUUAACUGGUACUGCAACUGCAGUUAAAUUUGAUAUCGGCGAUUCGGUCCUGCGCCCCACCACCAACGCCUUCGGGCCUAGUGACACCCCAUCUCCAGUAGUUUCCUCGAUCAAGAGUAUCAGAAAUCACAUACUAUACUUAUUACCACAGAUCGGAUUGUUGUCGACUGCCAUUUAUGAACCAAUAAAAACUUGUCUGGUUUUGAUACAUACACUCGGACUAAACAUUUCCCUCGUGACGAAAGUUUUUGCUGAGUACCCACCAAACAAACAAUAAAAGACUAAAUAUUGAAUAACAUACAGCUUUAAUUUCGCCUACUUUUACGUCAUUGUGAUCGUAACUAACGCCUACCCUUGUCACGGGAUUGAUUGGGCCUACCGCAACCGCUGGGCGCAUUUAUUUUUAAAUCUUGUUUGCAUUGUGUUAUCGUGCACCCCUUCACCUAGUUUUGUUUUCACGCCGUCAGCUUCCGUCACGUUCACCACCAACUGCAUCACCGAUCUUCAAAACGUCUUUAGCCCGCAAAAAUCGCCGCUCUCAGCGGUGAGUCACGGCAUUUACACUCUGGCACACAAAUGCUCCCCCCCUGUCCUCCCGCCGACCCCCCUCCCCCCGUUUUGCACCCGCGCCAGCCCCCCCUUCGGAUACCCCCCCUCCCGCCGCCGCGCUGUACUAGUUAUCAUUUUAAAUUGAGACUUUAAACCGCAACUGAUUGCAGUUGGCGCCACAGCCGGUCUGAAAGGCAUGAUCCAGUGCGCCCUGUUCGAUGCGAAACCGAGCUGCCGCCAUCUCAGGUCCCUGUGGGUGAGCAGAGGACUGAAUACCACCGCCAACGCCAUCAACAGCAGCGACAGGAAAGACAAUGGGAUCUCCCAGUCGCACGCAAGAGCGCUGGUAACUACAGGAGGCCAGCAUGUACUUCUUCCCUGCGUCGCGGUAGGCCGUUCUGUGAGGUCUGUCGGUGAGUUUUAUUAGUGGAUAAACGCCAGGCUAACUGCUUCCCCCCGGGCUAGAGGCUUGCAACGAAGUUUCUAUCAUAAUAUGCGGAGAUGUCGUUUCACAGCCCGUUCAUCUGAAUUUCCCGAAUUUCAUGCUCUAAAUUGUUGCCUUCUUUGUUGUCGGAACGGUCUGGAUGGAACAGGGUGGGGAUCGAUUUACUAUUUAAUUUCCAUUUAUGAAUGGUUCGUGGAGAGGUGACAACUGUCCAUGUCUCCGUCUCGAGCACACAAGGCUGGCUCGCCAUGCUCUCCCCAAUGUUGUCUGAUGUCUCAACAAAAGCAUGCACGCGUAUCAGUCGAGUAAAUUCGUCCAUGGGCGGUUUACCGACUGAGCGUAAUUCUUGCGGUGCCUGAAAGAAUCCGCGUGAAAUACUACGACUCGGAAUGGAUUUGGACGGAAUGUUUUUGGUCGACUACUGAAAGAAUCUCACCAUCGUUGCAUGGUCAAUCAGGGGCAUUGGGUUUCUGCAACACAGUCACUGCUCUCUCCCCGUCCUGGAAGCUCGUCGUCCAAUCUUGUCGCACGUAGAACAAAAGUCCGAAUCCCAACCUCUGAAUCUACCAGCCCACACAGCGGGUCCACCGGCAGCGCGAUCAAUCCACUAGCUGAUACUCUUGGAGCAGUUCCUUUCGGGGAAUUUCCUCGCGACGCCAACUGGCCCGCUCAUGCUACUACAGGUAGUCGUAGUCAUUAAAUGGGAAUAAUCAACAGUUGGACUGUCGCGAGCGACGAUGUUCACUGAGUGUCCAUCGGAUGGGUGCAGCACAGAGGAGUCGCGCGCGAAGUAAUUUAUAGUGAGGGGGACUUGCACAGUCCCUACCGCACUCGCUCUUUCACAACCCACCUUGCUCCAAUGACAAGACAGUGCCAAGAGACGAGAGGUUGACACCGGUGCAGUGAAUGAGAGAACUAAACAACCCGUCUCCACGUGCCACACACGGCCUCGUCCCACUAAAUGCAUUAGGAUUCUGCACAAACGACACGGGUCUCGCAUGGGUGGGGUGCUACAGUGGCUACAUCACUAUGUCCUGGGGUUGCAUUACCCCAUCAGUUGGCAACCCUCCAAGCCACGACUUUCAGCGGGUUAGAUUUAUUGCAUUGAGGAUUGCGCCGGCAUGACGUGAAGAUGAGUUCCCAGUAUCGACCUUGCACUUUCAUCCUUCUCCCAUGCAUCAGCCGAAUGUCCGGGUCCGGAAACAGACGGGUGGUGAGACUGGAAGCAAUGACUUACAAACAGCCAAACAGCCUGCCUACACACACCACGCACAGGCCAGCGUGUCCGGGUUACGAUUGCGGUAUGUCUUCUCUUACAGUUGAGGAAACCGACAUAGAGGUCCUGUACAUCAAAUCGUUGUCGGCAAGCAAGAGGCGAAAUUUGCAACGAAAGUGUCAUCUACGAUAACCGGUUGAAUCAGCGUGUUCGGCCCUUCGCGACUGAGGCAUGAGAGGUUCUUUCAAAAUCAGAACGCCCUUCCAGAAUCAUAAAACCGAUUAAAUGGCACUUAUCCGCGGUUAGUCUGUCUGCUCACACAGGGGAUGUCUGAUUACGGGGACAAGGUCGUUAGGCACGAUGCCAUUAGUGACACGAUGAUCAGGUAAGACAUGAUCGUUAUUGGGACACCGUGAGGGGUGUCAGAUCCUGCUUUGCCAAACUUAUCAAGCGGAGCACAUCAGGGUUCUGUAUGCAACAAAGCCGUCACUCUGGUGACUUCUGUCUAUUCCAACAACUCAGACCUUGACCUGAUGAUUAUAAUGCUCUGAGUACACUCUCUCGCUGCUUAGCCGCUACAUGUUCAUCGCUCGCAUCAAGGUAUGCUCCGCUUGAUAGGUUUGGCAAAGCAGAAUCUUCCAUAGAUAUUUUGGCAGAUUUUCAAUAAUUCAUGUUGACCGACUGUAAAAAACUCGGUCCCUCGGUGGUAUUCGAACCCACACAGUAAGGGGAAGGCCUUAGUACAGCCAACGCUUCAAACACUUGAGCUACGAAGCACCGCCGGACGAUGCGAGUUUAAUCACAUUUGGGUCAAGUUAGCCGCCAACCUACUGCAACGUCUGGAAUCCACCAAAUCUGAUACAGUAAGUUGACUGCCUAAGCAGGAUUUCCUAAGUAAUUCACCUAGAAUCCACCAGGUGACUACCCGGCUCCCGAAAUUCAUAGAUGUUUUGUCAGAUUUUGAAUAAUUCUGUAGUUCAAAUGGUUAGAGCGUUGGCUGUACUAAAGCCUUCCCCUUACUGCGUGGGUUCGAAUCCCACCGAGGCGCCGAGUUUUCACAGUUCGGUCAACAUUAAUUAUUAGAAAUCUGCCAAAAUAUCUAUGGAAGAUUCUGCUUUGCCAAACCUAUCAAGCGGAGCAUAUCUUGAUGCGAGCGAUGAACAUGUAGCGGCUAAACAGCGAGAGACUGUACUCAGAGCGUUACAAUCAUCAGGUCAAGGUCUGAGUUGUUGGAAAAGACAGAAGUCACCAGAGUGAGGGCCUUAUUGUAUACAGAACCCUGAGUUGUCAUUUCAAAUGACAGAGGUCGCUGGCAAAGCCAGAGGUUGCCGGUAACUGUGCCCAGUCAUGCCUGAGAGUCCAUAAGACGACAGUAGCAGCAGUUGUCUUUGUAGGUUUGUGGGGCAAGUUCAGGCGGUGUUUAGUUGGCAUGUAAUGCAUUCCUCGAGACGUGGCUUACUUUACUAGUCCCAGAGGAGGGGCGGUUAGUGUGUUCAAGCGGCGCAUGGGCCGCUGCGACUCUGUGAACGCAUGUGCCCGGUCAAGCGGUUGCAGGCCAGCGCGUUCGGAACUGCUUGCUACGAAGGCGAGUGACCUUGACCAACCGCCGACCAAUCAACUUCAAGGCUGAUUGGGAUAUAAUCUCGUUCCUGGCCAUCUGACCUUGACGCAACGGGACCUAGAACAAGGACGCCAGACAUGGCCAUGAUGGCUGUCGACAGCAAACACAAGGAGGGUCCCUUCCAAGUCAAUCUCUGUCCUUGGCUCCCCAGAUUCUUUAACGGGGUCUACAGUCGCCGUGGACUUGAAUCCUUCCCAACUUCAGGGCCCUGCAGGGCAAAAGGAUCUUAUUCAUUACGCACGGACCUCCUUUCGAGCUGACUGCUGCUUCUCCUCCUUCUCUGCGAUACUAGCAGGCUUCGGCAACAACUCCUAGAGGAUUGACCCACUCAUCCAAAGUGUGCACAUCAUAUCUAACUUCUUUACUAUUGUCGUUCGUCCCACAGCCCACCAUAGUUCCCACCUCACCCUGCUUGUUGUCUUAAAUUGAUGUCGUUUGCUCGAUUCGUCAGCUGACAGUUUUUGCCUCCUCGACCACGCCAUCACGUAGUCUGAUGCAACAACCUCCUUUUCGCACUGCAUAGGCUUGAAUACCAACGAGGCGACUGUUGUAUCUGCACCAAGACUCGCAUUAGAUCCGAUCUGCGCGUCUCAGCCUGGUCCCGCUUUCCCUCAUAUCCAAUCUCCGCCUCCUCUACAACCCCCGCCACCACCGCCGCUGCUCUGACCAAUGAGCGACAUGUGCUUCCCCCAACCAACAAUCCUGCCUCUGACGACCACCAAUGGGGUGCCGGUUACAGAAGACCCUACAAAACCUUCACAACGAGAUUUGUAUGUCCUUAG